AUAUUUUAACGACAACUGGGGACAAAACCAACUGGACAUUUUAUUUUUUGCUUUUAUAAAACUUCUAACAAAAUUUAAGUAAAAUAAAAUUGAAGAACAACUGGAAUAUGACAAAAAAAAAUUAUUAUUUUUGUUUGAUAAUGCAAUGCUCUCUUCCUUGAAGAUCCUUCAUGAUUACAUGGAUGUUUCUUCUCCUUCUAUCUUCUCCCUCCCUCUCAAAUUUUAAUCUCCAGUUUUUUUUUUUUUUUUUUGACUCAGAGAUCAACAAAACCUAGUUUUUGAAUUUGUUUCAAUUUUUCUCAAAUUACUCUGUUUUUGAGAUCUCUGUUUUCGUUAAAUUAUGUCUUUGAGGUCAGAAUCUUCAACGGCAGAGAAGAUAACAGAGGAUCCGGUGACGUAUAAGACAGCACAAAGCAGCGUGACGUGCAUCUACCAAGCACAUAUGGUUGGAUUCUGGAGAAACGUUAGGGUUCUAUGGUCUAAAAAUCUCAUGAACCAUUCCUUAACCGUGAUGGUCACUAGCGUACAAGGCGAUAUGAAUUACUGUUGCAAGGUUGAUCUUAAGCCAUGGCACUUUUGGUACAAGAAAGGUUACAAAUCGUUUGAGGUCGAAGGAAACCAAGUAGAUGUCUAUUGGGAUUUUAGGUCUGCGAAAUUCAACGGCGGGCCUGAGCCGAGCUCCGAUUUUUACGUGGCGCUUGUAUCCGAGGAAGAGGUUGUUUUGUUGUUGGGUGAUCACAAGAAGAAAGCUUUUAAGAGGACUAAAUCUAGACCUUCCUUGGUUGACGCUGCCUUGUUCUACAAGAAAGAGAAUGUGUUUGGGAAGAAGAUUUUUUCGACUAGGGCUAAGUUCCAUGAUAGGAAGAGAGAGCAUGAGAUCGUAGUGGAGAGCUCUACCGGGGCGAAAGAACCAGAGAUGUGGAUUAGCGUAGAUGGGAUCGUUUUGGUUCAGGUGAGAAAUCUGCAGUGGAAAUUUAGAGGGAACCAGACUGUUUUGGUUGAUAAAGAACCUGUUCAAGUGUUUUGGGAUGUGUAUGAUUGGUUGUUCAGCACCCCCGGUACGGGGCACGGCUUGUUCAUCUUUAAACCGGAGAGCGGUGAAAGCGAAACGAGCAACGAAACCAAGAAUUGCAGUGCUUCUUCUUCUUCUUCUUCGUCGGAGUUUUGUCUCUUUCUUUAUGCUUGGAAAUUGGAGUAAGUCUAAAUGUUUUCAAUCCAAAAGCUUGCAUUGAUUUUUUUGCCUGACUGUAAAUUCACAUUCAAAAAUCAAUCUUAGCGUGUGACCGACUCUUGAUAAUUUUGAGUUGUCAAAUUCACCAAGACGUGUAGAGAGUUUAUUUUUUUUAUCUUAGACAAGACUGUUUCUGUGUGCUUAACACUGACCUAGACCUUUUCUUAGCCAACUCAGAAGAAGAUUUGAUUAGGUUGAAAAUGUUGUAAGAUUGAUUGGCUUUAGAAUCAUUGUGUAAACACAAAAAUUCUUGCCAUCUCAAGAUUCUUUACUUGUUUUGUCUGAGAGAGUUCUAUUACUACUUUAAUGGCUCUGCGCAACACAGUACGCUGAGCGAUUAUCAAAAGAAAACCGUUAAGGACAU